AUGGAUGAAGAGAAAAUGUUACAAAAAUAUCAACAAUCAUUCCUUAAGGGGUUAGUUCAAGGUGUAGCUUAUGGUGUUGGUCUUGGUAUAUUUUCACUUUUUUGGAAUAAAUAUUUUAGAAGGGUAUUCGUUGAAUAUUUCAAAAUACCCGCACACCUUUCAAAUUAA